AUGAUCCUGGGAGCGGAACUAUUCGCUGAGUUGCUACAUACAGGGAAAAUCCAGCUAGGUGAGAACCAACCAACAUUAAUCAAUUCCGUCUUUGGUUGGAUCGUCAGCGGCAAGGUCGACCCAUCACCACCAGUCCAAGCCAACAACGCAGUCGUCUUGACCAGCAUCGAAACGCUAAUGGAGAGGUUCUUCGCGAUUGAGGAUGCAGACACCAACAACAACUUGACCAUCGAGGAAACAGCGUGUGAGAACUUCUACAGAGAGACGACAACACGCCACGACGAUGGGAAGUUUGUGGUUCGCUUGCCACAAAAGGCCGACAUGAUAAAUUCACUGGGUGAGUCAAAAUCAAUGGCAACUAAACGUUUGUUAGCAAUUGAAAAACGAUUGGAUAAAGAACCUGGUACUCGUGAGGCAUAUACCGCAUUCAUGAAGGAGUACGAAGAGCUGGGACACAUGAGUGUUGUAUCAAAGGAAGGUGAUGGGCACAGCACCGCGUAUUAUAUGCCACAUCAUCCAGUGUUUAAGGCAGAUAGCAGCACCACCAAGUGUCGUGUGGUUUUCGACGCUUCAGCCAAAUCAUCAAGCGGUAUAUCACUGAAUGACACACUCAUG